AUGACUAGUCCCAGUCCCCGCCUCUUGAAGAUGUUCUUUGGCAUAGCGCUGAAGGGUGGGGAGUCGCAGACCAUGGACGAGGUCAACGCCGAUAUGGUCCAUCUCACACAAGCGUGCUUGGUUGACCCCAAGACGGACUCCCGAUGUGAGAUACAGGUGAAGGAGACUGAAGGCGAGUCCUUCACAAUUGCAGUGCUGACCAAGGGCAGCUCGGAUGCUUUGAGCCUCGACCUUACCUUCUCCCCGGCCGAUCCACCGACCUUUGUCAAUAAGGGCAAAGAGGAAGUUCAUCUCACUGGAUGCUAUGAAUUUUAUGAUGUCGAAGGUGAGGAGGACGAAGAGGAGGAAAGUGAGAUCGACGAGGCUGGGAUGAACGAGGCGCUCAAUACUAAGCUCACUGAGAUGAUCAAGGAAAAGGCCAAGGAGCAGGGCAUCGAGGUGAGAGUAUUGGCCCAACACUCUCAUCCAGGGUUAUCGAUAGCUCGUCAGGUCGAGGAGAGUGAUGAUGAUGACGAAGAGGAGGGGGAGGAGGAGGAGGAGGAAGAAGACGUGGAGGUAGAGGAAGUUGAGUCCGAGGGCGAGGAGGAGCCAGCCGCCGCUGAGGAAUCCUCUCCCAAGAAGGCCGAAACUCCUAAGAAGGCCGAAUCUCCCAAGAAGGCCGAAUCUCCCAAGAAGCCUUCUCCUAAGAAGACGGACGUCGCUAAGGAGGACGGCAAUAAGGUGGAAGACGACUAUGCCAAGAGUAUAGUCGAGUUCCUCACCAAGAACGGUCGCACCAAUGUGGGGCAACUAGGGUCCAAGUGCCGUAAGCCUGCGUCGGUGAGCAAGCUUUCUACCUUCAUCAAGAGUCGACAUGAGUUCAAACUCUCAAAUGGUUUCAUCGAGCUUGCCUAA